GCUAUGUAUGAACAUCAUGUAUCUCCUUGAUACCACAGUACAAUAAUAUGAAUAACAUUGAUUAUAGGUUGAAGUUAUGAAGAAAUGAAUGUCAGUUAGUAAAUCAUUAGAUUAUCUCAAUGUUCAAAUAUUUUAAGGUUAUCAGAAACGUUCUGUAAAUUUUCUGUUUCAAUCAACAACAACAACAAGACAGUUCUUAUCCGGCCACUCACAAUGCAUUUGUCUCGCAUCACACAGUGCUCAAUUCGUUUAAAACCGAAACCUUUCUACAAAUUUUACUCCUCUACAACAACAGAGUCUCCCCUAGUGCAUGAUCAGCCAAAGAACAAUCUAGAACAUUUACAAAACCGUUCGCUGAUUAAAUUAGAUGGCCCUGAUGCAUCUGGAUUAUUACAAGGGUUGAUAACAAAUGAUAUCUACCACUUGCCCCAAGAAACUGGCAAACUUAGCAGUAUCUAUGCCAUGUUUCUCAAUUCAAAAGGAAGAAUCAUAUGUGAUUCCUUAAUAUACUCAAUAGGUGAUAAAGACUCAUAUAUUGUGGAAGCAGAUUCACAAAUAAUUGACAAACUAAUGAAACAUUUAAAGAUGUACAAACUUAAAAAGAAGGUUGAUAUUGAUUUAUUAGAUUCAUACAAAGUUUUUGCACUGUAUGACCCCAAAGAUGACAAAGGACCAGUACCAAAGCUUCUAGAAUGUUCUAGUGAAUCUUCAAGUAGUGCAACUAAUGGCACAGUUUUAAAAGACAAAUACUUAUUUACUGAUCCAAGGGUGCCAGCACUUGGUUGUAGACUUCUCACAAAAAAUAUUGAAACUAUUCCUCCAGAAUUAUGUGUGAGUAAUGUGAAUCCAUCUGCUGGUGCGAAUUUUCGAUGGCUUCGAUACAAUCUAGGUGUUGGUGAAGGAAUAAUCGAUAUACCGCCACAAAUUUGCUUUCCUCUAGAACACAAUUGUGAUUAUAUGAAUGGCUUGAAUUUACACAAAGGAUGUUAUUUGGGUCAAGAACUAACUGCAAGAACAUAUCACACCGGCAAAAUUCGAAAAAGACUAAUGCCUUUGUUUUUAAAGAAAGAAUUAAACCAACCACCAUCGGAUUUAAGUUUGUUUGAUGAUAAAAAACAAAGUUUAGGAAAAUUACGAGGUGUGCAGUUUGAUGCAGCCUUGGCAUUACUCCGAAUGCAUCUGGUUGUCGAUAUUGAGAUAUCUGUGGGCGAGACUCAUGCAACUACAAAAAUUCCGCAUUGGUGGCCUGGAUUCAAGACUGCUAAGCUGAAAGAUGAAAUUGCUGAUAAAUCAUGUUGAAAUCAACAUUAUAAUAGAAUAUUGUUUCUCUCACAGGGGAUGAUUUCACUAGAGAAUGAUCAAACUCCCCAAAAGGAAGAAACAGAUAAAAUAGUAGAGAACGCGACUGAACCUGAAGAAAAUACUGAAGUGAUUGAAGAAAAGAAAU